GCGGCGACGGCAGACGCGGAAGCAGCGCUGGAGUUGCGAUCAUUCCCACAGCAAGGGGCUGGUGUUUGGUGGACUGAGAGCAGGGGAACUAUCGGAGCUGCAGGCAUAGCGGUCAAAUGCAGCAAUGUGAACCCACAGCAAAACAACGGCCUGCAACCCGCAGGUUAAUGGGCCGACAGCCGUCCUUCGUCGCUUCCUCUGCACACGAUCUCGAUGCGAGGCAUUGGAAAUGGUGCGUGUGUACGACUGCCACCCGUUUCUCCUCCCAGCAGAUCGUCCCGGCCGAACACGAGCCGGACUCUGUCUGCUGCGGGAAAGACACUCUCUUCGUCUUCUCCUCUGGGUGUAAAGUGGCGACGUUCAGCGUUGCCCACAACGGAUGCGAGCCCAUCUGCACGUUCUCCACUCUCGGGAAAGUCCAGAAAAUCACAUACAGCGACAGAGGAAAUUACCUUGCGGCAAUUGAAGAGAACAACAAGGUCCUCUCUCUCCAUGUCUACUUGAAUUGGAGAAGAUGCCAGACGAGGGAGAUCUCACGAGUCAGCAUCCGGAUGGUGGGACACGCGCUGCACGCUCCAUUUAUCGGAGCUCCCAAGGAUCAAUUGGAAAUUAUAGAGGUGCCACUAUCAGAGCCUCCCGUCUCCAUUGCCUGUUGCCCGGUGAAGGGGGAUCUAAUAGUCGGAUGUCAAAAUAAGGUGGUGUUGUUCCGCUUGAAGGAAGGGCUAGCGGACGGCGAAAGCCCAGUGUUGGACUUUGAGCGAUUCCUCAUUGUGCAUGUCGCUCUGGAGCUGCUGGAAGUGGCCUUCUGCAAUGGCUGCUUGGCUCUGGUGUCAGACUUGGAGGUGCUGGUGUUGAAACUGCAGAAUGUCCAAGAUAUGGAGAGUGAGAGGCAGCCGCAGAUCCCUCCGAAAGCCUUGCCGCCCAACAAAGAAAUGUACGGAGAAGACAACAAACCUGCAGAAGCAGAUUCUCUGAGCCAAGGACAGGAUGACUUUGUCCUCUUUCAGGGCCCCUUGGAGCUACUUGGUGAAGAUGCGUCUGGAUCUGGAGUCAUAAUCAGCUUAGAGUGCACGGGGACAGAGGGUUUGAAUACUGAGCCACGGGAUUGCUUGCACUUCCAGCAGAUUCUGUACAGGCGUUUCACACCAGAUCUAUCCCAUAUUUACUUGGAGGAGAAAACUUCGCUGCACUCUCUACAGCUCCUCCCAAUAUUCGCGGCAGGGGACUCUGAAUCGAGCAGUUCCCCAGGGAGUAAGGAGAAACGAACAAUCAGCCUCUUCUGCUUCUUUUCAUUGCCGCACAAGGGCUACCUGUAUUCCGUGGGCAAUAUGGUGCAGGAGCUCUCUGCCUACAGUUACCCAGAGAAGGCCAAACAAGCGGUGCUGAGUUCCCAGCUGUUACACAUCAUUACCAGGAAUCACUUGCUGUGCUACAGUGUCAGAUGCAGUGCUGUAGCUGCUCGAGAUGUCGAUCCAGAGAUUGACACUAACAACAAGGCUUGUCCACCAUUCUUCCUGCCUGUGUGUGCCCUGCGUAUGCAACUCUUCAUCGGGCUGAGAGCUGUAUGUCAUUCCAGGAACCACUUGAUAUUGCUGGCCAAGGCCGAGGUCAAUGCUCCAGACAGGCAGACUGAAUCCAAAAAAGGAUUACCUCAAAGGUCAAGAACUGUUAAUAACGCACCUCCAGCUACCGCAAAUUCCGGGUGGAAUCUAUACUGCCUGCAAGUGAUUCCAACAGUUCACCUGUGCAGGGAGAUGGUGGAGUACAGCCUGAAGUACAAGACCUGCAGUCCGCAGAGUUAUGCCCACUUGCUGAGUGAGGCCCACCUCAUCCUAAAGGCUGCUAUUCUGGAUCCUGACCUGGGCCAGAGCGACAGCAAGGAAUUACUAUCAGCAUUCAGGGAGAACUGCCUGCAACUGGGCGACUGCUUCAGUCAGUUUGAGGUGGACGAUUUUCACUUCACUCUCCCCUACUAUAAGAUGUCAGGCAAAUCACUCAGUGACCUCAUCAGCCGAAUACCUUUAUGGGAAAAUGAACCUCAGAAAUUUGGAAAAGGAUUUAUGUACUUCUUAAAGCAUUUAGUCUAUGAAGAAAUUGAAGAUCCGCUUAGUGCAGAAAUGGCAAACCAGGUUUUGCAAGUGUUCAAGCUGACGGAACCAACUCAAAUUCCCCACGCCCUGUGCAGCCCCUGCAUGAGAAACGUGUGCCUGAGAACAGCCUGGGACCACCUGGAGAGACUGGACUCCAUCAGGCAGUCGCCCCUGGUGUCACUUACCAAAGCAACGGUGGCGCUAAGAAUUGAAGACCAGCACAAAUAUCACAAGGCCAUGAGGCAAUACCCAGAGAUGAGAUUGGUUAGCGGAUUUGUGGAAGAACCCAAUCUCGUGCGACAUCACGGCGUCGUGGCAACGGACUUGUCCCGAGAGCUGGAGAGAACGCAGCCGGGCCUCUUGGUGGUUGCGUUCGUAGCUCUACUGAAGAGUGACAAAAUCACCCUUGAGGAGGCUGACUUGUUCUUUAAGGGUCUCUGUGGUCGAGACAACAAAAUCGAUGAGGCAGAGACUCCACAGGUGCUGGUCGACUUCUGGGAAGCCACGUUGAUAUCCUUCACUGAGGAAGUAGUGAUCGAGCGUCUCCUGAUGAAACUGGUGUCGGUGUACCUCCAGAGGACAGCCCGGAAACUAAAUCCUGACCAGAAACCGCUCAAGACAGUGGAGGAACUGAUCAAUUCGUGUGGUCAUUUCAAGAAGAUUUAUCCAUGGAUCCACAUUAUCAAUGAAUCCAGUUCCCAACUACCUUCUGAAGAUCUGCAGAAAUUGCAGUCCAUUUUGUGCGGUUCUUCGAUCGACAUAACAUCAGUUCUUCAUCUUCUGCAACAACUCCCCGAUGACGAUGCUGCUGGUCUAAGUAUCCGUGCACUGUGUGACACCAGGCUGGGUAAAUGUGAGCAAGUAACUGACCUGCUGCUCGACAGAUGUCCAGAAGCACUUCUAUCAUUUGCUGCGUGUGAGAUGCAGCAGGGAAACCAGCCUCUAUGGUGGAAGAAGCUGUUGCCAGAACUUUGUGAAAGGACAAGAGGACCUGGAGGAGCGAAUCAAAUCCUGGUGUCUUCACUGCAAGAGACCCUGGCAGUGGUGGCUAGCGUUCUCCCUCCUCUGGAUUUCCUGAGGCUGCUGCCAGAUGACGGCACUGCAUCGUUUUUCCUACCUCACCUCCUGGAGUGCAGCAGGAAGAGUUCAAUCAGCUGACCCAUGGCCCGCGUAGGACAGGGCGAGGAUGUGCCGUGGUCUGACCUCGGCAGCUCUGGAAGGAAGGGCGUUAUUUUGCCUCAAGUCUGGCACUGGAGAUAACAGCAGGCUGGAGGGUGCAGACUAGAGCUGUGAAUAUCAGCCCAACACUAUCGCUGACAGACGUAGAAAGCCUCGCUGCAAACUUAGUCGUGUGAAGUUGCUGCCUUACUCCCUGAUCACAUCGCGUGUCGGAGUAGAAAUUCACACCAUCGUGGCAGUGUUCACAAUCUGCUCACUCACACUCUCUUGUGACAAUCCACGCUAUUCAAACAGCAGUAUUAAUGAACACUCCAGCAAGGAUCGAGUGCCAGUGGGUCAGAGAAUCUUUUGCAAAACUUUGCUGGAGUUUCUAUUUUUAGCCAAUCUGAAUGCUGAAUAUAUCGCCAAAUGCCACAUAGUGCCAUUGGCGGCACAGUGGCGCAGCUGGUAGAGCUGCUGCCUCACAGCACGAGAGACCCGGGUUCAAUCCUGACCUCGGGUGCCGUCUAUGUGGAGUUUGCACCUUCUCCCUAU